CCCCGGGUGGCGGGCGCCGGGGCACAGCGUCCUGGCAGUGUUACUGCGUGGGUCGGCGCGUGGAAAGAGGCGUGAGCCAGCCCGUUGUCCGCGGUGCACCUGCCGCCCGUCCUGUCCGUCCCGCGAGUCCCCGUCGAGCCGCUAUGGAGGUGCAGAAGGAGGCACAGCGCAUCAUGACCCUGUCUGUUUGGAAGAUGUACCACUCGCGCAUGCAGCGCGGUGGCCUGCGGCUGCACCGGAGUCUGCAGCUGUCGCUGGUCAUGCGCAGCGCCCGGGAGCUCUACCUCUCCGCCAAGGUGGAGGCCCACGAGCCCGAGGUGUCCUUGCAGCCCGCCCGCUCCCCUGACCCUCGCCUGCACCCGCUGCGGGAAGCGGCAGCCGAAGCCGAGGCAGCGCCCCUCGACGGUGAGCAGCCCUCCCCGGAGCCCAUGGACACGCAGGAGGCGCCGAGAGCCGAGGAGGCCCCUGCCCGUGGGAGCCCGCGCCCCGCCAAAGUCAGCCGCAAACGGCGGAGCAGCAGCCUGAGCGACGGAGGGGACGUCGGACUGGUCCCAAGCAAGAAAGCCCGUCUGGAAGAGGAGGAGGAGGACGAGGUGGCGUCCUCGGAGGACCCUGAUCGCCUGCAGCCCUCGCCGGCGCUAGCGGAGGGCGCCUUCCCCAACCUGGCCCGCGUCCUACAGCGGCGCUUCUCCGGCCUCCUGAACUGCAACCCCGCGGCGCCCCCGACGGCGCCGCCCGCGUGCGAGGCGAAGCCGGCCUGCCGCCCGGCGGACAGCAUGCUGAACGUGCUCGUGCGGGCCGUGGUGGCCUUCUGAAGCCCCUGCGCCGCGCUACUGGAGCCCAGAGCGCGGGUCCAACCUUUGGCCCGAGUGCGCAGAUCCGAGGCGAGGCCCACCCCCGGGGGAGCGCCCGCGGAAACCGUGGAGAGAAGCCGCCGCCCGGGCUGCUGAAGAGGCCCGGAGAGGGACUCUGCCCCCGGGGAGCCGUCGCCUUCGGUGUGCAGCGACGGCACCGAGGAGCCUGAGCCGGGGGCGCGGGCGCCUUCCGCCGAGACCUGGCGCGCCCACAGGUGCUGUCUUAACGGACUGGGACGUGGACCUUUCCUCCUCCUGGACUGGAGAAGGGAGGCCUGGUUCUUUAACUUCCUCAGGGUCGGACUUUGUUUUUCACUGGGGGCUGUGCUGCCCCUCCAAGGGUUUUCGGUAGUCGGGGUUUGCGUUUCCAAGCCCUGAGAAUUCCCCGCACUCCCCUUCCCCCGCCGCUGACAUACUUGCGCGGGCGGUCACCGUUGCGUCAUGGGGCAGACGCGGGGAGCUUCCUGUUGCCUUGCGUGGGUGUGGGGCCUGGGAGGGUCCGGGUGUGGGCCUGCCCUGGGGAGUGGGAGGAGAGUGGCCUGAGUCACCUUGCCCGGGGGCGCUCUUGGUGAGUGCCACGCGCCCCCGAGCCUGCGGGUGGGAGCAGCAGGGUUUGAGAUUCAAGAUUUUCUCGUCUGGUGCGUUAGAGGUGGCGAGUCUGUUCCCAGUUCCAAGCGUGACCCUCCCCGAGACUCACGGACACAGUUAACCCGGACGCUCCCGGUCUGAAUCCCGAGAACGUGGAGCGGGUGUUCGAAGCACUGUAAGGUUAAGCUGGGACCAGCUACUGGUGGUGACACUGGGCCAGUUUUGGGAGGGGAGGGAUUCUUGCCGGCGAGUUUCCGAGGAUCUGUUUACCUUCCCAGUCGUGGAUUCUUUCAACUCCGUCUACCUGGCGUUUUGUUAGAAAUGUCAGAUAGGAAAAUAAAGACCAUUUGAGUAAAAAGUC